UUAGGAUUUCUUAGUAGUUUAGAAUUCUUUACUAGUUUAGAAUCUAUUAUUUAUGGCAUUUCCUUAAUUAGGAUUUAUUAAAGUCCUAAUUUACUUUGAUUAUUAGUAUUAUAAAUAGGGAGUACAAAAAUUUACCCCGAAGGCAUAAAAUUUCCGAUCCAGUUAUGGCAGAGGAAGAUGAAAUCAAGAGGAGAACGAACAAUCCCAAGUCUUAUCAAGUGAGGAAAGAAUGCAUAAAAAGGAAAUCGAUGGAGCUUGCGACUCUCUGCGAUAUCAAGGUUUGUACGGUUAUUACUGGUCCUAAUGGGGAACUGCAAACUUGGCCUGACGAUUUCGAUGCCUGUAAGCAAGUUCUCGAUCUCUACUCUCAAAAUUUGAAACCCGAAAAGAAGUACAAGGAAUCAUCGACACCAGAGCCAGAGCCAGAGCCAGAACCAGAACGAGGCGAAGAACAAGGAGAGAAAGAUCUCCUGACGCUAGUUGAAUCAACGCUUGCUGCUGUCAAUAGGAGAAUUUGUAUAUUGGAGAAUAAGGGGAAAAGAAAGAGAAUCGAGUGAUUUAUUCGUAUGAGUGUUUUUUUUGGGGGGUGUAUUAUCAAAAUGUUUCAACGAUUGAAAUUGUGUGUGUGUUUUUUAAUUAAACAAUUAAAUUAGUGAGUAUGUUAUCUCCUUUGGGAAUAAUGAAAAUAUCGAUGUAAUUUGGAUCACUUUCGGGAAUUAAUUUACUUUGGAAAACAUUUUGAUGAUUUGUGAAC